GUAGCUUGAAGAUUUCCAUGAACAAAAGUCACGUUACUUUUCAUCUCUUGAAGAGAAAUGUUUAAAAUCCUUGGAGAGUUUUGCACGUGCACGUGUCUGUACGUAAGGAAUCGUGGCCGCUUGCUUGAAUCAAGGAUUAUCGACAAUCGAAUGUUCAAAACAACAUUGUGAGUCAACAGAUACAACACUUCAGCGCAAAAUGAAGAGAUCACAAGGUACCGCCAUGACCGUGUCGGAAGAGGAGAAGAAAGAAAUUGGCACGGGAGGCAUUCAUGUGACAGCUUUGACUGAUGAAGGUCUGCGUAAGCUCGCCGAUCGACUCGGUCCAGAAUGGGAGAAGCUGGCCACAUAUCUGGGCUUUGACAUGGCACAGAUUUACGGCUUCAAGACAAACAACCCAAGUCACGUGGCGAAUCAAAUAUUCCAGAUGCUCGUCAAUUGGAGACAACGACAAGGUGCUAGUCCUGAUCAGUUGGGAACUUUGUCCAGGAAACUGACAGAGGCCGACAGGAAGGAUUUGGCUGCCAUCAUGCCCGAAAUUUUGGAAUGUGUACGUUCUGAUGUCCAUCGAGAAGGGAAGGUGAAUGUGGCUAAUAAACAACCUGACAAGUACAUAUGCCACAAACACAAGGAUGGCGUCAAACUAUUCUAUUGCAAAACAUGCGAUGAACUGAUCUGCCAUGCGUGUACUGCUGUAGAUCACUCUAGACCCGAUCAUGACUUUAUCGACACCGGAAAAGCUUCAAGAGAAUACAGACAGUCACUGGAACAUGACUUCGCCGAAUUGGAGAGAGAAGUGCAAUACCUCGAGUUGUCUCUACAGGACACAGUUGAAGCUAAGAAGGUUGUCAAUGUAAACACAGCAGAGGCUCGAAAAGAUGUGCAGGACAAGGCUGCUGAGGUCAUAGCAAAGGUCAAAGCUGAGAAGGAACGACUUCUUGAUGAGAUCACGACCCACGAACAGGAACAAAAUAAGCGGCUGGAUGAGCACGAGAAGACAACGAUUGACAUGGUGCAGAGAAAGAAGCAGUCACUUGGAAACGCCAAGGAAGUCACGAGUGAUGCAUCAGACUGCAACUUUCUUUCACGCUACACCGUGAUUAGCAAAGAUUUAAAAAAGAUGCACAGUCAGCAUCUUGCACAGCAUCAUCACAAACUUUGGUAUUUAAGGUUCAAGCGAAGUCAGACAGUCGAUGACAUCGAUCUGGGCAAGGUGGAUCAGGAAGGAGACACAUGGCAACUGCAUCAUACAUUUGGAGAAAAGGGAAGUGGUGAAGGGCAGUUUGAAGUAGCCAGAGGCAUUGCUGCUGCAGCUGAACCUAACGAGAUUGCUGUGACUGACUUGAUGAACAAACGAGUACUCAUCUGCAACAACCAGGGGCCUACAAACAACUACAUUCCAAUCAACGCAAAUGAUGUCGUUGCUGUAUCGAAUCACUGGGUGUGUGUUACCCCCAGCAAGUUGAUGGUUUAUCAUAGGGACACCAGUGCCAAGUUUAGUUUCGGCACUCUGCCAGAGAGCGAGGAUGGCAUGUGGCUCAUAAGUGUAGCAGCCAUGCCGAAUGGAAACAUAAUAGUGGGUGAUAAGGCGGGGAAGGUAUUGACUGAGCUGGAUCCUAAGAAUGGUGAUAUCCUACACACUAUGCAAGUGAGGAUACGACCUGACUACUUGGCUGUACUGAGCAAUGGUUGGAUCGUGGUCAGCGAUGAAGACGAAGGACUAGUGGAGAUAGUGGAUGUUUCGAAAGACGCCGCUGUUACUGUAGGUUCAAUCCAACCAACCAUCGCCGGUAAACCGGUGAAAUACUGCAGGGGUGUAUGCAGUAACAGCUCGGGUAUCUACCUUGCAGUGAGCACAUGGUACAACACCACCAGUCACAUUCACCAAUAUGAGUGCACUGGUCAGUUUGUCAGAUGUGUGGCUCGGGGUCUUUACAAUCCCCAAGGAAUCACAUUUACACCCAAUGGACAGCAGCUGGCAGUGGCUGACUGGCAUUCAAUCAAGGUGUUUCACAAGGUGUGA